UUUAGGUUAUGGAAAAACUCAUAAGGAUGCAGCAAGCGUACGUACAACGCAUUGUAUACCAGCUGCUUGUGGUCUCUAUUAUUUCGAAGUGAAGAUCGUCAGUAAAGGCAGAGAUGGUUAUAUGGGAAUUGGCCUAUCUGCUCAUGGAGUAAACGUGAACAGGUUACCAGGCUGGGACAAACAUUCGUACGGAUAUCACGGCGAUGAUGGACACAGUUUCUGUUCUUCUGGAACAGGUCAACCAUAUGGACCCACGUUCACUACAGGAGAUGUAAUUGGUUGUGGUGUAAAUCUUGUAGAUAACACUGCCUUCUAUACAAAAAAUGGACAUCAUCUUGGUAUUGCAUUCACUGAUCUUCCGCCAAAUUUAUAUCCAACGGUGGGUCUUCAAACACCAGGAGAAGUAGUCGAUGCAAACUUUGGACAAGAACCCUUUGUUUUUGACAUUGACGACAUGCUUAACGAACUCCGUGUCAAAACAAGAUUGCAAAUUAUAAACUACCCUACACCAGAUCAUGGACAGGGUCAAUGGCAAGCAGUUCUUCACAAAAUGGUGUCAACAUAUUUAGUCCAUCACGGUUAUUGUGCUACUGCCGAGGCAUUUGCCAAUAGUACUGGUCAAGGAUUUGAAGAAGAUCUUAAUUCUAUUAAAAAUAGACAAAAAAUUUUGAAAUUGGUAUUGGCAGGCAGAAUGGGGGAAGCAAUAGAGUUAACCAGUCGAUUAUAUCCAGGUCUUCUCGAACGAGAUCCAAAUCUUCUUUUUGCUCUUAAAUGUCGACAAUUUGUUGAAAUGGUGAAUGGUAGUGAUUCCGAAAUUACUCAAAAUUCCAAUAUUAAUCAAACUAGUGUUAUACAGUCUACGAAGGCUUAUACGAAAUCCUCAAUGAAUAGCAACAUCGAGGAAAUGAAUAUGAACAACGCUAUGAAUGGUUCUACUGAACAACAGUUAGUUAAUGGACAAAUUGAAAAUGAUGUAGAUAUGGAAGAAAAUGUCAUAAAUGGCAUGAAAAGUAAUACUGAAAAUGGUUAUCAAAAUAACGAUUUGAAUACCAAUGGAUACAAAUGUCAAAAUGGAGAAGAUGUCGACAUGGAAACCAACAAUGUUAGUCAAAUUCAACAACAAAAUGGUAAUUGUAAUAUGGAGAAUAUAUCGAAUAAGAAUAACAAAAAACAACUUUGUGGCGGUGAUAAACAGGCAAUUGAAAAAAUGUUGGAAUUUGGAAGACAAUUAUAUUCUCAAUCGAUACAUUUGCGACAACAACAUGGAAAAAAUGAAAGCAAUAAAAAGAUGCUUCAAGAUGCAUUCAGUCUUCUAGCUUAUGCAAAUCCAUGGAAUUCACCAGUUGGUUGGCAACUUGAUCCUCAACAAAGGGAAACUGUUUGUGCAAGACUUAAUUCUGCCAUACUCGAAUCGAGUAAUUUACCUCGACGACCACCUUUGGAAGUGGCCGCGUCUCAUGCAAGAGAACUGGUACGAUUGAUGUCUCAUGCUGGUCUUGGGGCAUGCGGUUUCGCGGUCGUAGACAAUAUCAUUCAAUAUUGACGAUGCCUACCUCUGCUGCCACGUCUGCUUCUUCUGCCGGCUCGAGUUUGGUUAGUAAUUCUCUUAUGCGUAUAUUACGCAUUGAUUAGGAGAAGCUGGGGAUAGUUGAUACGCACAUUACCAUAUGUUAUAGAAAUUGUCCUAUAACAACCGCGAUUUGUAGUCUUAUAGUUCUAUAUCACUGAAGAAAAAGAGAAAAAAAAACAAAAGUCCUAUGUCAUUUUUAAAAUAAUAAAAUCAAUAUCUUUGUAAUAAGAAAAUCAUAUAUUAUGGCUCAAAUAAAUAUUUAAUUUUAUUUAUUUUAUUUUUAUUCAUAAUAAAAUAUUUGUUUUCUGUAAAUUGAAUAAAGCAUUUUGAUUUUCGA